AUGUUGGGGGUGACGGGCCUGUUGGCGCACGCGAAGAACGCCGUCGUGGUCGGCCCGAAGCAGUGCUGUGCGUGGCUGGCCCAGGCCGUGCCGGUGCCCGUGGCGCACUGCCACGACGCGCACGCGCUAGUUCUCGAGCACAAUGAUGGAUGGAAGUUGGUGUACUCUGGCGACACGCAGCCCUGCGCAAGGCUCGCCGCGGCGGCGUCCGGGGCCACGCUGCUCAUCCAUGAGGCCACGUUCGAGCCGGACCUCGUCGACCAGGCCCGCAAGAAGCGACACUCCACCUCCGCGGAAGCACUGGAGACGUCCCGGGCGAGCGGCGCGUUUCGAACCGUUCUGACGCACUUCUCGCAGCGCUACCCCGGCGUCCCCGGCGGGCUUCCCACGACCGGGGGGCUCCACGAGGUCCCCAUCGUGGCGUUCGACGGCACGCGCGUGCGCUUCGGUGACCUGCCGGCGCUGCCGCUCACCACGCCGCUGAUCGCAGCGGCGCUCGAUUCAACCGCGGCGCGAGAGAAAGCGGUCGAUGGUGUGGAGGCGUAA